CAGAAGACUUCUUUUCGUAGUCUAGCAGAAAUGUCUUCAACAGAACGCGAGGAUCAAACCGUUAGUGAAAGCAUGAUCCCUUUGCUGGAAACAACUAACAAAUCCAAAGAAGAUUCAACAGAAAACACCACAUCACUAUUACCAGUUACAGUCAUCAGAGAUGAAAGUUUCCGGCCCAUUUCGAAUUUCGAAACGAUGCUUCAUUUGUUGAAAGGAAAUAUCGGCACGGGACUUUUCGCUAUGCCAAGUGCGUUUCGUAAUUCAGGAUUGUGGACGGGAACUGUCUUGACCAUCAUUACAGCCUUCAUAUGCACCCAUUGCAUGCACAUUUUGGUAAAAACAGGCCUGAUCGUGAAAGAGAGAAGAGGCUACGAAAUUGCUGUUUCUUACGCCGAGGUAGCAGAAAUCGCCUUUCAAACGGGGUCGCAAAGAUUUGCAAAACACGCCAAAUUAGCAAGGAUUUCGGUCAAUGUUUUCAUCUGCGUCAGCCAGUUGGGUUUCUGUUGCGUCUACUUGGUGUUUGCCAGCACCAACUUGAAACAGGUUGUUGAUUAUUACAUGCCGAAUUUACAGUGGGACGUCCGCGUAUUCAUGUGCCUAGUCACUUUCCCUUUGAUCUUUCUCAAUUGGCUACGUGAUUUGAAGCUCAUGGCGCCAGUCUCAUUCCUGGCUAGUGUCCUACAAUCAGUCAGCAUCGUGAUUGUGUUUUACUACAUAACUCGAGAUGGUUUACCGCCUCUCAAUUCCAAGCCAGCUUUCAACGACUGGGUCGGACUUUCACUCUUCUUUGGAACGGUCGUUUUCUCGUUCGAAGGCAUCGGCCUUAUCUUGCCCAUUCAAAAAGAUAUGCGUCAUCCGCGGGAUUUCGAAGGGUGGAAUGGAAUCCUAAACGUAGGAAUGGUUCUCGUGACUUGUCUGGAAUUGGCGAUGGGUUUUUAUGGUCUUUCUACGCUCUUAACAAUAUCGAAACACAUGCAUCAUCACCCUCUUUCUUUAGGUUAUCUCAAAUAUGGAGCUGCCAUUGAGGGAUCCAUUACACUUAAUCUCCCCCAAGAUGAGAUAUUGGCCAGGUUGGUGAAAGUUUUUAUGGUUUUCGCCAUUUUUGGAAGUUAUACCAUGCAGUUUUACGUCCCCAUCCCUAUACUGUGGCCCGUUUUGGAGAAGAAUGUAGCAACGUUCAAUAAACACCCGCUCGUGUUCGAACUCAUCUUCCGAACUGUAUUGGUUCUGGUGACUUUGACCUUGGCGGCAGCAAUCCCUCAUUUAGAUUUGUACAUUUCGCUUGUCGGAGCAUUUGGAGGAUCAUUUUUGGCUCUAAUCUUUCCACCGAUACUGGACAUUGUCACACACUGGCCGCAUGUCAGCUAUACGGUCAUCACCAAGAAUUUUCUGAUUGUAAUUUUUGGCUUGACUGGCUUUACAUCCGGCACAUACGCCUCCGUCAAAGAAAUUUUAUCAACAUACUGAUGAUGAUUUUUGGUCAGGAAUCGCCUAACUCUCCGAUUUGAUCAGUUAAAUCAAAUGAAAAUGCGUAAAGUUCAAACUUCAAAAAAAGCACGAUCAUUAAACUGGACUAGUGUCGUCCAUUCUGGGACGAAAGAAUCUCUAGAUUUAUUUCUUUUUUUCUCAAGGCAUGAUUUCGGUAUUUUAUGCAACCACCCAUUAAAACGGUAGGUUAAAAAAAAUUUGUUUUU